AUGAAUUGUAAUUUCUUGAAUAUUUUCAAGUCUCUUCCAUGAGGUGUCAAGAUGAAGAACGCCACAGAAAUUACAACAUUCAUACUGAAGGGCCUCACAGACAAUCCUAAAAUACAGAUCAUCUUAUUCUUCCUGUUUCUGGCAAUGUACCUCUUCACAGUGAUGGGAAAUUUAGGACUGGUUGCAUUGGUCAUUGGGGAUUCCCGGCUCCAAAACCCGAUGUACUACUUUCUGGGUGUGCUUUCAUCUGUGGAUGCCUGUUAUUCUUCGGUAAUUACACCCAAAAUGUUAGUGGAUUUUAUGUCAGAGAACAAAAUCAUUUCUUUCCUUGGGUGUGCAACCCAGAUAUUUCUUGCUGUCACUUUUGGGACCACAGAAUGCUUUCUCUUGGCUGCGAUGGCAUAUGAUCACUAUGUAGCCAUCUACAACCCUCUCCUGUAUUCAGAUAGCAUGCCACCCAGCUUCUAUGUGUCCCUCAUCAUUGCCUGCUAUGUUGGUGGCAUUUUCCAUGCUUCUGUACACACAGUGGCCACAUUUAGUCUAUCCUUCUGUGCAUCCAAUGAAAUCAGACAUGUGUUCUGUGACAUCCCUCCUCUCCUCGCUAUUUCUUGCUCUGACACUCACACAAACCAGCUUCUGCUCUUCUACUUUGUGGGCUCUAUUGAGAUAGUCACUAUCCUGAUUGUCCUGAUCUCCCAUGUUUUUAUUCUGUUGGCCAUUCUGAGGAUGCAUUCUGCUGAAGGGAGAAGGAAAGUCUUUACUACAUGUGGCUCUCACCUAACUGGAGUGUCAGUUCUUCAUGGUACAGUUCUCUUCAUGUAUAUGAGACCAAGUUCCAGCUAUGUCUUGGAUCAUGACAUGAUCGUGUCGAUAUUUUACAGCAUUGUGAUUCCCAUGCUGAAUCCCAUCAUCUACAGUUUAAGGAAUAAAGAUGUCAAAGAGGCAAUAAAGAAAGUGUUUAGGAAAAGUUGGUUUAUCACUAAAGUGCAUUUUCACAGUUAA